GAGCGACUAGUAGUCAGUCAGGGAAACUGGAGAAAGAAACCUGCUAGUGCUCACUGCUCACUGCUCACUGCUCACUACCAUUUAUAUCAAGAGCUGCGCACCCGCGGCAACUCAAUCUCAUUCCGUUCCGAAAACUAAGCGCGAAAACAUCUUUCUUUCUUUCUCUUUUUCUCUCUUUCUUCUAACGGCGGUCUAAUUCUCUUCAAAACGACACCAACAAAAUUCGCGAGUUGCCAGUGAAUGUCGAAUACAAUUUUUUGCCAAGUGAAUCCGUUUCUAAUUCGUAAAAAGGGCCCCGUCGGAGAACUAACGGUGUUUCAGUUCUUUUUUUAUUCAACAGGAAAAAGGAAUAGAACAUGCUUAAACAGUGGAGGAAAUAGGAGCAAGAGUGCGAAAAGAAUUUGCAGGAAGAAACUGGGUCAAUUAGAGAAUUAGAAUGAAGGGAGGCGAUAGUGUAGAUGAUAACAAAAUCGGACAGAUUGGCGGCGGAUACAUAAAUCACGCCCUGAGCGGUUCCGGUGGCAGCUUGGACCUUGUGCAUCAAAAUGGCUCUCAAAUUCUUCAAAAUUCGCACAAGUCUCAUCGCGAGAUACAGGGAUCCUCCGACUUUAUCUUGGUCGAAGAAUCCGGAGAAUACGAGAGCACUCAAAAAGAGAGUAUAUGCAGGUCAGCCGCUCAGUAUGCCGCAAGACGUGCAAAAGCAGUUUGUACGAAAAAAACUUUAUAUAAAAGGUUACCAUUUUUGAGGUGGUUACCGAGGUAUAAUGCACAGGAUGCACUUGGUGAUUUAGUGGCUGGAAUAACUGUCGGUUUGACUGUUAUUCCUCAGUCUUUAGCCUACUCAAAUGUCGCAGGAUUACCACCACAGUAUGGGCUUUAUGGGAGUUUUCUGGGCUGCUUUAUCUACAUAAUAUUCGGAUCCUGCAAGGACAUUCCUGUGGGACCCACUGCCAUAGUUUCAUUACUGACUUACCAAACCGUCGCUCAUUUAGAAGAUCCAUUGCCACAUGCUAUUCUGCUAUGCUUUAUAGCAGGUUUCGUUGAAUUAUUUAUGGCAAUAUUUGGCCUAGGUUUUUUGAUCGACUUUGUAUCAGGUCCCGUUAGUUCGGGAUUUACGUCUGCUGUAGCCCUAAUAAUUGUCUCGUCACAAAUAAAAGACAUUUUAGGAAUAUCCGCGAAAGGAUCAACUUUUGUCCAAAUGUGGACCAGCAUCGCCGGAAAAAUCUCAGAUACUUCAGCCUGGGAUGCUACACUUGGUGUUGCCUGUAUUGGCCUCUUACUUAUUCUCAGGAUGAUAACUUCCUUCAGUAUAGGCCCCAAAGAAGAGGAACUUCGAACGACGAAGCAAAAAGUCAUCAACAAAAUUAUAUGGCUCACCGGCACUUCGAGAAAUGCCUUACUCGUCAUCAUUUGCGGUGUCUUAGGCUACUGCUUUUCAGAUAAUUCUCCAAUCCACUUAAUUGGUGAUAUUCCCGGUGGCAUGCCAACUGUCCAACCUCCACCUUUUGGCUUCACUAAGGGCAACACCACAAUUUCCUUCAUGGAGAUGUGCUCCAAUUUAGGAAGUGGCAUCCUAGUUCUGCCUCUUAUAUCUCUGAUGGAGGACGUGGCCAUUUGCAAAGCUUUUGCUAAUGGAAAGUCGGUGGAUGCAACUCAGGAAUUGUUAGCGAUUGGAAUGGCGAAUAUAGGAAACUCUUUUGUGCAAGCAUUCCCAGGAUCUGGCUCACUGAGCAGAAGUGCUGUCAACAACGCUUCGGGUGUAAGAACUCCUCUCGGCGGACUCUAUACAGGUCUUCUAGUUAUAUUAGCUCUAAUGUUCCUGACACCUUAUUUCUACUAUAUUCCAAGAGCAACUUUAGCAGCAAUCAUCAUCGCUGCUGUAAUUUUUAUGGUAGAAGUGAAGGUCGUCCGACCCAUGUGGAGAACAAAAAAAUCCGACUUAAUACCAGGACUUGGUACUUUUAUCGCCUGCCUAGUUUUACAAUUGGAAGUAGGAAUUCUCCUCGGUGUUGGCAUGAACGUUCUUUUUAUUCUUUAUCACGCAGCCAGGCCGAAAAUAUCUAUGGAAACACUCAAGAGUGGUUGUGAAAUCGAGUACUUGAUGCUGACUCCAGAUAGAUGUUUGAUUUUCCCCUCCGUGGACUACGUUCGAAAUCUUGUUACAAAAUACAGCCUUCGUGGUGGAAACGUCCUGACACCAGUCGUUAUCGACUGUUCGCACAUCUACGGAGCAGAUUUCACAGCAGCCAAAGUAAUUGAAAGUUUGACGAAAGACUUUGCUGCCAGAGGCCAGCCGUUGUUCUUCUACAAUUUAAAACCUUCAGUUUGUGCUGUUUUUGAAGGUGUUGCCCCUACAGACUUUGUCGUUUAUUACACCAGAGAUGCACUCGACGACCUUCUCAAGCAGAGGGGCUAUUUCAAGCAAAUCAAGCAGGAUAUCCCAUUGGCGUGAAAGAUCUUUCUGAUUUUUCAUUAAUAAUGAUCCAAAUUGAGGAAAUAACUACCCUCAUUUUUUAAGACUUUCCAAAGUUGAAAGCUAUUCGCAGAAAUCUCGCAAACUCCGAUAAAGGAAAAUAUUGUAAAGUUGGUAAGUAGUAUAGCAAAGAAGGUACAAGACCACUUAGCGACCAAGGAAGGUUCUGUUCCAUGAUGUUUUACCGAUAUUCGGUGUUGCCAUGAGUCAAUAAUUCAGAUUCUUGACAGGGAUAUGGACUGGCGCGAGAUAGAUAAGGAAGAGGAUCAGGAGGAGGAGGAGAUAAGUGAGGAGGUGAUAGACGAAAAGGUUUAUCAGUAAUCUGCAUUAUCGACCGAGGUUCAUACCGACGGGCGGUAACUCAGCAUAGAAUAUAAGCUUACUCGGUCGUUAAGUGGGGUUGGAGUAGUAUAGCUCUACUACUUUGGUACAAGCAUACGUGCAGACAGUUUUUACAACGGAUAGAAAAUUCUCCGAAAAAUUGUUCGAUCAGAACCAAAUCGAAGAACUGUAUAUUACUCUUGGAAUUCAGAGAACUCUUACGAACGCAAAACAUUUGCGUUUACCUCGAUUCUUGGUGCCAAUACGUGAGAAAAAAGGCGACUGGACUUUGUUUGAAUCUCCUGUCGUGUAUUCGAAUACACGUACAGGAUUUUUAAACAUAAGCUUUAAUUAAAGCCUUUUCUCUCGCGAGACUAGUUUACAUUUAAGUAUGUAGAUGAGUUUAGUCGUCGCAUGAAAGUUUAAUUAAUAUACACCGGAAACAGUAUUUUUGAAUGAUACUGCCGAGCGAAAAAAUAAAUCAUUGUAGUUCUAUAAAGAAAACAUAUUUGUUAUCCAGGUACUUAUUAACCAGUAGUAAUUGAUAUUUGUAAAUUGGAGUACAUAUAUUUAGUGGACCUAGAGAAUUUUAAUAUUUUUAAAAAAACUUUUCGAAAUAAACAUAGCCUUAUACUUAAAAUUCAUUUAUCAUUGAAGAAAUUCAUACGAAAAGAUUUUUUUCCUAGAAAUUAGGUCCACUUUUUUUACUUUUUCGAUCACACAUCACUACUGGAAGCCUGAAUUUAGUUCACUGAAGAUUAAAUAAUGAAAUUAGAGUACUUACUUCACUUAAUAAUUUAGAAUUAGGUUUUUGAAACUUGGAGGGAAAAAAUUGACAAAGCAUCUUUAAGAGCUUCACUCAAAUUUAGAACAAAGCUUUAUAAUUACAUUUGAAAUCAAUAUUGUAAAUAUUGAAAAUAAAAUUGUACUUCGUCAAUAAUAUUUUGACUGAAAACUGUUGUCUAAAAAUUAAUAAUAUCGCAGGAAUGAGUAAAGUUUAAGUAGGAUGAAAAAAGCUUUUGUUGCUUCACUUUGGCAGUGCGCGUGUGUAUAGAUUAUAAGUUUUUGAAAAAUACUGUGAUAAUUUUUUAAGAAACAAAAGAGAAAUAAUAUACGAUGUAUUAUACACAAGUCUUGCAAAUUCUGCCAUUUGCAAAUAUUUCGUGAAAAAUAUUCUCUGCAGUGAAAGAAAACAGAACACGAGAGCCUUAAACUUAAGAGAAAUAGAAAGCAAUAUUGUAGUUCCUGUGAUUAUUAUGAGAGUGUAAUAGUUGAAGGAUAAAAGAGUUUAAGAGACAGAGGGACCCGCUUCCCACCAUCAUGUUAUAAACGUUAAUAUUAAUAUAUUUAUAAAUGAUAUUACCAGGUUUA